GCAGAAAUUGACAUUUCAUGGCCGCCAUGAUGGAAAAUGGACGGUGAAGAAACAAACGAAGAUAUGGCUGUGUUUACGGCAUGUCACUCGCUCCAAUGGGACAGAGUGCAAUUCUGGAUACACAGAAAACGUGCAUUCUUACGGAUUAUGUGUCCAAAGUUUUCGAAUAUGGAAUGUUGACACGUUAAAUGUGUAUUUUAUGCCCUGUGACCGGUAUAAACAAACCGGACCAACUGUAUAGACUCUUUUAUGUAUCAAAACAUUGGAUGUUUUCAUUGUUUUUGCUGCAAUUUUAGACGUUAUCCAGACAAUUUUAGCAUUGUAUGACUUCAUCAAGUGUUGACUUAUUUGUUGUUGGUGUUGCAUUUUGGAUACAGAACCAUACACGUUAAGUGUGUGGUACAGAAGACUGUCAUGCACAGCCCUGAGGCUGCUUUUGGCAGCCCCAAUUUCAACCUUUCAAGAAUUAAUGUAGAGCCAUCAGGAUGAGCAUAAUAGUGCGCAUUGGGGCAGUCCGAGGAAUCGGCGGCACCAGUGGGAAUGAAGUCCCCUGGUCGUCACAGGAUGAUGACACUGUUGAGAUACCUCCUCCUCCUGAGGAAAUGAUGCGACCGCCUCCAACUGUUUAUGCCAGUUGCUAUGGCUUGCCGUAUCAAGAUCACAACUAUGGAGCUCCUCCUCCUCCUACACCCCCACAAUCUCCUCCUCCCCAAGUAAAGGGGGUCAUCAAUGGUCAUGUCCAGCUGGAAGAGGUGGUGUCCACGACCAGUACAGCGGCGGCAACUGCUAUUGUGCCGCUGCCUAAAGACGACAAGUUUGAUGACAGCAUCACACGCUGUGUUUGUCAGUUCCAGCACGAUGAUGGCUACAUGAUAUGCUGUGAUAAGUGCAGUGUAUGGCAACACAUUGACUGUAUGGGCAUCGACCGCAACAACAUCCCAGAGAGCUUUUUCUGUGAGUUGUGUGAGCCACGUCACAUUGAUGUGGACAGAGCAAAACUCAUACAGAUGAGGAAGCGAGAAGAAAUGACAGAUACUAGUGCUACUGAUACGGAUCCAGAUGAAGCUGCUAAUCAUCUGGCAUCCCUGAACAAGAAAUCCUUAACACCAACAAAGGGGAAAGUUGUCAAGCAGAGGCGGAUCUCUAAGCCUAAAGAAAAGGUCUCGCCAAAGAAAAAUGUAAUUAAAAAGGAAAAACGGAUGACAAAAAAGGAGAAGGAAAAUAUGGGGAAAGAUGGGAACAAGAAACAGAAAACAAAGAUUGCCAAAGACAGUAUUCAGAAGCCUGUAAGAAUUGUAAAGAAAAGGAGGAAGACUUCUGUCUCAGUUGCUAAUGAUAAUGGUGACCCAUGGAACAGUAUGUUCAGCCCAUGGGUGGAUUCUUAUGAAGUAGCCAAAGAGAAUCACUAUAGUGCUGGAAUGAGGGACCUGCUGUCCUUGACAAAAACCAAUGGAGUUUUGUCCGACAGUCCGGUGACAGACAAGCUGCUGGUUCAGCAAUGUGUUGUCACUGAGGUCAAGACAAAUAGAAAGGGUCUUGUUGCCAAGGAGUUGAUUCCUCAAGGUCAAGCUGUGAUAGAAUUCAAGGGAACUGUCAUGCUCCGAGAGCAUCUGGACAUAGAAAAUGUCAUGAAGACACUUCAUCCGUUUGUGUUGUUUUACUCCAAGUUUGAGGACCUUGACUUAUGUGUAGAUGCAAGUGCUUAUGGCGGUGAUGCUCGUUUUAUUAGGAGGUCAUGUACGCCAAAUGCUGAGGUUCAGCAUGUGAUUGAGAAAGGUAACAUUCAAUUUAUUGUCAUCUCCAAGAAAGACAUCCCAAAAGGAGGAGAAAUUACUAUUCCCUUUGAUUACAACUAUAAAGAGUGCUCAUUUAGUGUGGAAUGUACUUGUCAAAAAGUCACUUGUCCUGUCUCAAAGUUCGGGAAGAAGCUAAGGAAUUCUCAAAACAAGGAAUCCCAGCCGCGUGCUCCUGCACCCACACCAACACCUACUCCUGCCCCUGUGCCUCCGCCACCAUCACCGGUCAAGGAGAAGAAGAGAACCAGGAGAUUCAGUGCCCCAGAGAGAGAAUCCACACGAACAAAGGUUAAACAAACUCCCAAGAGUCCUACAACACCUGUUGCUUCCCCUGUUAAGCCGCCACCUGAGAAGAAGGUGGUCCAUCUUGUAGAAGAGCCAUCACCAAUCAAGAAAGAACCAGUUGAAGUGAAACCUGCUACUGUCGUAGCACCUGCUUCUGAGCAGAUGAUUGAUCUCCAGGCUCAGCAACUGGAAACACAGCUGUCUUCUGAGUCAGAGCAGGAGGCAGCAGAAAGGUGUAAGAAGAUGACUCGAGAAGAAAGAAAGAUGGAGGCUAUCAUGAAAGCAUUUGAGAAAUUGGCCAAGAGGGAAGAAAGACGGAAAGAAGCACUAGCUCGACUUGAAACUACUAAAAAGCCAGAUGUAGAGGAAGUUCCUCCCCCACUGCCACCGCCUCCAGUGAAGGAGGAGCCUGAAGAAAAGCCCAAACCUGAAUCCCCAACUAAAGCAACCCCAACAAAAGGGAAAAAGAACAAGAAACAUGCCAGGAGAAGAAGUAGGGUCAACAGUGCAGCGGCUAUCAUGGAGAUUGUGUCCGCUGAUGAAAACAGCAACACAGGAUCAACCCCAGGUACCCCUGUGCAGACUCCCACAUCGGCAGACAUCGUCAGUCCCAAUGCAGCAGGCUUCAAGUUCCACAAAACUAAAAAGCACUUGUUUAAUGAGUGGAUGAGUGAGAGGAGUACAGACAUAAAGCCAGCAGUGCCAGCAGGAGUGGGGAAGACAGAGCCCUUGGAAGUGAGUGUAGACGAGACCAUGUUUGUCACUUGCUUACCAAGUCCCCGCAAUGCCAUGGAGCACAUACCUCGUCGCAACAGCCAGAGUGCCGGCUCUGCUGCUCCGCCAGCUGUCAUACCUCAGCCCAAGAACAGCAGUGAACACAGUAUUGGGUCUGCCAAGAAGCGUUGGUUACGACAGGCAAUGUUUGAAACUGGUCCCCCAUCUAGUGACAGUGGCAGUGCAUCACCUGUACACGGGAGUGCAAGCCCCAACCCAACGGUGUGUCUGCCAAGUCCUGGCGGAUCACCACCGGCAGAUUUUGUGACUCCACUGAAGAAGCGUCGUCUAGCACGGGAGUCCAUGUCACAGGAGCAGCCUCUGACUCCCACUCCGUCCACUCCCUCUCCAUCAGUCCUGCAGCCAGGCGCUGGUGGGGAGCUGGGAUUGACCGCAGUACCAGGCUCCCCCCAGGCCGAGCUGGAGGAAAUGCAGAACAAGAACGGCAUCAAGCCUCUGCUGCCACACACACCUGUCACUCCUGAGGACAAGAAUGAUCAGAUGUGUGGACCGCCAUCAAAGCGUCAGAGGAGAGAAAGUAGCCAAAGGGAUUCUACAGACAUUGAUAGUGAUGCUUCGGAGUCUUUACUGCCACCCCCAUCAGCUUGUCCAGGGUCUGAAAGUAGAAACAGUACCGAAGAAAUGGCCGAAAGUAGCAUUUUGUUUUCAGAGAAAGACACGUCCUGGUCAGAAGCUGCAGACAGUAGUAUGGAUGUAGAGGAACGAGUGACUCGGACAGAUGAGGUUGUGGACUUGGUCAAAAAGACUGAUCUUCCUACGGGAGAGGCAGAUGCUCGGGAAGUGAUGGAAGUGUGUGCAGAAGAGCAAUCUGACAAACAAGACCAGCAGAUGGAAAUAGAUUCGGGGAGUGGCCUGUUAUCGCAAGAAACCUCAAAUGAGGAGAAUUUGAAAGAGCAGCAGACGUGUGAUUCUCAGCAAAGUGAAUGUUUAAGCAAGAGCAAUUUGGUCACUGAAGCAGGGAAGGAUUCUCCCAAUGUAGAACAUGGUUUGUGCUCUAAGGAUGUUGCAACAGAACCUUCAGGGGAGGUUUCUGGAAGCUUAGGUUUCGAGGUGUCAGAAAUUGACUCAAAAUCUGUUGGGUCACCAGAACAUUUGGAAGGGGAAGUUGAUUCUCCAGCCAAAGCUGAGGCAAGGACUAGUGAAAGUGCUGAGAAAGCCUCAUCCUCUGCAGAAAAAGACUGCUUUGUAUCAGAUUCUCAUGAAAUCGUCUGUGAUUCGGCAUCAAGAAUAGAUGCAGGUGCUGCUGUGAGUGAAAAUGACACUGAUGAGCCUCGGUUGCCGCCUCCUCCUGAGGAAGGUAUGUGCUGUGUGUCUAGCACUGAGGAAAACAAGAGUGAGAUUGUUCCUCUGACACCAGCUACUCCACCAGAUGGAGAUCAGAUAGCUGUGGCAGCUCCAGACUCUCAAUCGGGGCCUAGUGAAGCAGCUGUAGGGUACUCUAAUCAUGUAACUGAUAAAGACAAUGCCAUGUCUUAUGACGACAUGGCGACUGUUUCAUCAACAAGUGUUGUAGAUCCACACUGUUCGCCUGCCCCAUUCAUGUCACAAGGUGUGUGUAAUGACUCUCAUUAUGUUGGUGAAGGGGAAGCAGGGUGUGUGAACCCUCCCCUUCCACCUGGUCCCCCUCCACCGCCUCCCGACUGCUUGGAGGUUCAGCCACCACUGCCACCCUCGCCCCCUCCCCCACCACCAGAGCCGCCAACAAAGAAAAAGGUUAGUCUUCUAGAAUAUCGCAAGAGGUUGAAAGAGAAGGUGAAAGAGCCCUCAUGUGGCAGUUCAACUCCCCCGCCCCCGCCUCCACCCCCAAGGUCUCACCACCAUGGAGCGAGAAGGAAAUCAUCACGGUCGUCAUCCACACCUCAUGUUCCCACACUUGCUCCACUUCCACUGUUUGAAUCAACUAGCCCAACUGGCAAGAAAGAUAAAAAGAAAGAACGAGAAGUGCGGAAGCCAAUGAGUCUGACAGAACGACUUCGUCAGGAAUUUGGGCUGGAUGACACAGAAGAGGAACAGCCAGCCAAUAAGUCAAAUACUGAGAGGGAGUCCUCAGAUACCCCUCCUCCACCACCACCUCCCCCACCUGUGGGAGUAAUGCCCCCCUUAACUCAAAGGGGGUCAGUUGAGGGUGAAGAUGGUCAGCACAGUCCUGAUGUUCCACCCCCUCCCCCUUCUGAACCCCACCCAAGUCAGCUGAAGUCCCGCCCGGUUCUGCUGCCUCAUCCUACGGGCCCAAAUGGUGGACACAUCCCCUCUCUUAUGUCUCUGUCGACCUUCCCAACCAGGCCUGUGCAGACUGGACCACCAGCAAGGGUUGUCUCCCCUGUUCCAGGGACCAAUGGGCCAGCCCAUCCAGCUCAUAGGAACUAUCAAAUGUUAAAUGGUACUCCACCCUUGGGUCAACCUGCACCAGUUCCAGCUCCUGUGCUGCCAUCAGUGACCCAGCAGGUCCCAACCUCUGUUCCACCACCCCCUGCUGGCUACCAUCAACCAAUCUCAUCAGCCAGUAAACCCUACCUGGCACCUGCCACCAACCUCGUUGUGUCGCCGGCUGCCUUCUCGGGCACCUCGAAGAGUUCAGGGUACACUGCUGCACCCCAGACCCAGCCUCCACCAACUCCACCUGGCCAGCAACAAUCAGUGCAAUAUGUUGCUCAAGUUCAGGCCAAGCCACAAAAUCCCAUUGGACAGAAAUUUGAGUACAAUCAUGGCCUGCAUGUCAAGCCUGUGCACUCCCCUCCACCAUCAUGGAACAUGGCAUCAAGUUCACAUCCAAAGCCUCCUCCUUUCCCUGCACACAUUCAGCAGACAACUAACAACAAAGACAAAGGCUACCGUAGUCCAGUUUCCAGCUACCCCAGCUCCUCAAACCACUACUGAUGCUACUGAUAGCAAUCUGUUCUACAGACAAAUGUGAUGUGAUCUUGAUAUAGGGCAAUGUGCUUGUGAGCGUAUUUUGUGGUGGUUCUGUGUUCGCUGGUGCUACUAGAACUGUCAGGACAGAAGCAGGGGUUGUGGACAACAAGCUGUGUAAAUUGGUGUACAUAACUCAUUGCUACAUGCACAACAUACAUGUACAUACAUACAUCUGUCAUACACACAUUUACCCACACAGCCAUCUCUAGCAAACAUACAUACUGUAUAUAUGUUCAUGUCAUGCAUUUCAUCUAGUGUUGUACAUUUUGGCUUCAUUUGUCAGUUGGCUCACUUGUGUAGUUCAGUAUAUUUUGUGUAAAGACUUUUUAUAUUGUGAAAGGAUCACUAGGUGAAAUUAGAUUCUUGUACAGAGUAUAUUUUCUGCUGUUUGGCAGUUUCUGCCACCACAGUUGUGCCAUGCUUCCCCGGCCGGCCGACCGACUCGGACUCCUGGCGUCCCUGUGCUGCUGCUGCUUUUGUCUGUCUUACCACUUGGUGGUAGUAGGACCAAUUUGUUAAGUUUCAUGUUACAUCCUUUUCAAGACUGCCACCAUGUUACAUGUUUAAUUGUUUUUCCACAGACGCAUUUAUGAUCAGAAAUGUUGGAGAAAUCAUGAUGCCACUUCUUCCAAGAAGAUUUUGUUGGUCUGAUGUUGAAAUGUUGCAUUUUGUGAGCAUUGGAAUCAUGAAAUGAUAAUCCUCAUAUCACAAGGAAAUAAAUCUCAACACUACAGCAUUUGUGCUGAUACAUUAAACAGCAAGCAUUUCACAUUUUGUUUAUGCUAAGGCACUUGUUUCAUGUUAUUGUUUUUGAAAACCUAAGAAUUUUUUGUAUUGAAAACAGUUGGAUAAUAGUGUGAUUAUGAUCCGAAAAAAGUCAUUAUUUAGGUGAAUGUAAUAUAUGUUGAAAUGUCUUCUCAUAAAGUGCAAUAUUGAGAUCGAUUGCAUUAUCAUAGCAACAGAAGCAAGAAUGAGAUUGUCUAACUGGAAAAGAAUCCUUUCAUUCUCACGAUGUUUAAGGUCUUAAAAAUGUCUCUUGAUUUAGGCAUCCUUUUACUGACUGCCCACGUUUUGGCAUGUUUCAAACUGAAAUGCAUCUUGUUUGAGCCUGAGUAAGUUUGUUACUUACAGCAAAAUCUGAAUUUCUCAUGUUUCUGAAGCAUUCUUCAUCUAAAACACAAUGCACAACACUUGUGUAUCCUUCUACAGAAUUAUUCACCAAAGGUUUAAGAAUUUCAUUUGCAUAUAUCCUUAUGCAGGUACCUUGAAUCAGGUAUGUGUGUUAGGGAAGCCAAAAAUUGUUAAGAUUGAAUAAGAGCUGUGGAAAAUCUCUCCUUAGUUGUUAAAGCAAUGCUGCCAAUGUUAGUGCUGCUAUGAAUGUUGCAUGUCGCCAGUAGCCACCGCCACGAUGUAGUGUAUGUGCCGGAGUCCGGUCACGGCCACAGUGGGUCAGAGCAGAGGUCACAAAUCGUGGUUGCUUCUAACAUGUCUAGUGCUGUCAUAUUUAAGAAUUCCUCGGGCUGCUCUACUUAUUUCUGGUUUUUGUAACCAGAUUUCAAUGUUAAGUUUAGUACCGAUUGAAGUGUAUAGCAUGUACAAGUAUUACUUGUGCAGUUUGCUGCAGAUGUAAACAAAAUAAAAUUAAAAGAAUGCCAACAAGUUAA